AUGGAUGGCAGCCGAAGCCCUGCUGGGGGCGCUCUGCAGGUGGCGACGCCGGAUCGCGUCAACCAACGUCGCGCAUCCCCGAUAUCAGCCCAACGCUCCGAAGGUGUUGAUAGCUCUGUUCUCGACAAGAUCAGCCAGUUCAACAGCCUCAGCAUCGCCAUGCAGUCGAAGCAUCUCGAACGCAAGACGGCCGACGCGGCGCUGCGGCGGGCCAUGGUGGGACGCGAGGAGGCCGAGGCCGAGAUACGACAGACGAAGGAAGAGAUGAGGCUCCUGCUGAAGACUGUCCAGGAGGGCAAGGAGCGCGAGAGACGAGUUGGCGAGCGGCUGGAGACGGUCAUGGAGAACUACGGGCGCGCCAAGGAGACGCACGCGCACACCCAAGCACUGUGGGAGAAGGAAAUCCGGCGGGCUCGGAAGGAAAAUUUCAAGACACAAUCCAGCCUGGUCAAGAUUCAGGAAGAUCUCAAGUCGGCGAGGUGCGCGGUCAAGAUCCUGGAAGAGAGCCUCGAGCGGGAAAAGGAGCGAAGCCGUGCGCGAGAGCAGGAAGCCUUCACGGCCCGGUACCAGAUUGUCGGCGUGCAGGAGCAGCUGGACCAAGCGCUCGAGCGCAUCAAGGCCACGGAGCAGGAGCGCGACGUCUUUAAGACGGUGGCCAAAAACGAAGAGGUGGCGCGCAUCGCCGCCGAGGGACGGAUCCCGCUGCCGAAGACGGAGGACCCCGCCGACGAAUUCGCCUCACCCAGGAAGCCGACAAAGUCGACAUUGACCAUGACCGAGGGCCACGAGGGCCGGCUGUCGCUUUCGACGGUGGAUAUAGUAUCGUCGGCCGCCAGCGAGAUGGAGAUUGAGGAGCUCACGACCAUGGUCCUCUGGGAAAGGCAACGAGCCGACCGGGCGCAGGAGAUGGUCGAGUUUCUGCAAGCGGAGUGCCAGAUGCACUGCUGCCCAUGCAACAAGUCGAGAAAGAGCCGAUCCAGCUCGGGCCCUCCGCAGAAACGACGACGCGAUUCUGCCGAGGACGGUGAGCGAUCGGAAGCCAUCUCGGAGCCCGACGCGCGACAGGCUCCUCCGGCGCCGAGCGCAGCAGGUCCGUUUCUCGAUGUCGAGGAGAGAGGUCGGGUCAAAUCCAAAAAGGAACCGCGACGCAGCACCAUAUUCUGUCCCAAGGGGGGAUUCUUCCGCACCGUCUCGGAGCAGGAAGCGGAAGCGAUCGAGGAGGAGCAGCAGCAGGUGAAGAAGGAGGAGGACGAGGAGCAGGGGAAAGAGGACCGGAGUGAAUGCAGGCUUCUUGUGGAGGCCGACGGCGAUCUGCUGGUCCCCAUGGAGGCCGGCACAGGCCCUCGGAUGUUUGCGCGAACCCCCUCGGUCGAGCCCCCAUCGCUCGCUCUGCUGGGCCAGAACCGAACCUCCCUCCAGUCGCUCCUCAACGCUCCGCACGGCGGGGGGUCCCUGGUCGGCGACGUGCCCGCCAUGGAAGAUAAUGGAGGCGGCGACAAGCACAACGCUGACGGCGACGACAAUGACGACGAUGUGUCGGCAAGGGAAUCGCCCGAGCCCCGACCGCACACUUCGACAAACGUGUACACGGUGACGAUGACGACGACGGUGCCCGUCCGCGACGAGAACAUGUCGAUGGACUCGUCCUUUGCCGAGCGGCUGCGCACGCCGUCCCACGGCAGCAACGCCAGCUUCGAUCACACGAACCCGGCGCUGACGCCAACCAUGACGAGGGAGGAAGCCCUGGCCAAGAUCCGCGAGCGCCGGGGUAGGGUGAGGAGCGCCGCCCAGGCGGCGGCCACACCCCGCAAGGUGACAAACGGGAGCGCCAACAAGAUUAAUAAGAGAGAGGUGAGCGCGCCGAGCGUGAAGACGGCUGUUGUCAGGUCACGGUGA